UGGUUUUGCUCCUUACAGACCCUGGUGGCAGCAAACAAUUAUCUUUUUUAACUUUUAGAAACAGAAAAAAGUUUUCACAGAUCAAAACUGUAUUUUAAAUAUUCAGCUUUUAGCACAGAAUGAUCUAGUCCAGGUUUGAUGAGUCCAGGUUUUGUGGUUUUUUAAUUAAAGCAGAUUAAAGUUGGUUUUAGCCCUUUAAACUGUGGAAUCAGAAGCCAACUUCACUUCCGCCUYUCCCACCGAGCUGCGGCUCUUCCUCAGGCCGCCAGAGGUCGCCCUUCUCCCGGACUCCUCCUCAGUGACUCCCCCUCUUCUUCCAGCAGCUCAGACAGAAAAAGGGAAAACAUCGGAUCGAGCUUUUCCGGUCCGCUGGUUCUGGUUUCCCCUCAGACCUAAAGGAGGAACGCGCAGGAGGCCCGCGGUUCGGUUCCUCCGUACGGCUCCGACGCGUUCGGUCGGCGGGGCUCUGGGUUCGGAGGUCUGCGAGGGUCCGAGGGGGUGGAGGAGGAGGGGGGGUGCCCGGUGGGAGCUCCAUCCGCCGCCCCGCUGUCCGGUCCACAGAACCCGGUUUACAUCCUCCGGAACCAAAGAGGAUUCUGGAUCCUGGUGCUGGGCUCUGCUGUCGUGGAGGAGGAGGACGGGGGUCCUGGGUGGAAACCUGAGUCCAGCGGGGAUGAGAGACUGGGCUUCCCUGGUUCGGUGCCAGAUGCAUCUGGAAAGGAUAAACCCAGAGAUCCAGUCCGGCUCAGAGGACCAGAACCGAACUCACGUCUCAGAGUUUUUAAAGAUGUUUUUCUUCUAAUAAAGUCCACCUGAGCCACAGAUCAGAACCGGAUUUCUUCCUCCCGGCGGUUCUGGACAUGCUGGAUCUCGGAUCUCUCCUGGGCGCGCACUGACAGGCUUCCAGACCCAGAUCCAGAUCCGGAUCCGGCUCAGAUGUGUGCGGCCAGGUUCGGCGGCUGCACCAACGGCUGCUCGGAGGAGGCCCCCGGUCCGGUCCCGGCCUCCAGGAUGCUGCUGGACUGGGCCGAGGCCGGGCMCCAGGUCCUGCACAGCCUGGAGAUGGGCACCGUGAUGACGGUCUUCUACCAGAAGAAGUCCCAGAGACCCGAGAGGAGGACUUUCCAGGUCCGGCAGGACACCCGGCAGAUCGUGUGGAGCCGGAACCCGGACAAGACCGAGGGAGAAGUUGACAUCCAGGAGAUCCGGGAGCUGCGUUUGGGGAAGGGCUCCCGUGACUUCGAGCGUUUCCCGGAGGAGGCUCGUAAACUGGACCCGGCCCAUUGCUUCGUCGUGCUGUACGGCCUGGAGUUCCGCCUCCGGACCCUCAGCGUGGCAGCCUUCAGCGAGGAGGAGGUCAACAUGUGGCUCACCGGACUCACCUGGCUGAUGACGGACACGCAGAGAGCGCCGGCGCCGCAGCAGAUCGACAGGUGGUUGAGGAAACAGUUUGAAGUCAUGGACCGGAGCCACGAGGGCAGCAUCACGUUAAAGGACGUCAAAGCUCUUCUUCCUCAGAUCAACUACAGAGUCCCCAACACGCGCUUUCUAAAAGACAAGCUGCAGGAGGUGGAGGCGAGGAGCGAGCUGUCGUACCCCAACUUCUCCCAGCUCUACAGGACGCUGAUGUUCGACUCUCAGAGGAGCAUUAUCGAGCAGCUGGAGCUCUCCUUUCCUCUGCGAAACGUUGACCGACCGGAGCUUUGUCAAAUCACCUUCUACGACUUCCAGAAGUUCCUGCAGAUGGACCAGAAGGAGUCCUGGGCGUCAGAUCCGAGUCGGGUCCGAGAGUUUCUGAUGGGCUACAUGAAGGGGGGUCCGCAGCUUGAGCCGAUGCUGCAGCUGGAUGAGUUCCUCACCUUCCUGUUCUCCAAAGAGAACUCGUUGUCCGACCCUCGGCUGUCGCCCGUGGUUCCUGACGACAUGAAGCGUCCGAUGUCCCAGUACUGGAUCUCCUCCUCGCACAACACCUACCUGACAGGUGACCAGUUUUCCAGCGAGUCGUCUCUGGAGGCCUACGCUCGAUGUCUCAGGAUGGGCUGCCGCUGCAUCGAACUGGACUGCUGGGACGGACCCGACGAUCUGCCAAUCAUCUACCACGGACACACGUUAACCUCCAAGAUCAAAUUCCUGGACGUGCUGCACACCAUCAAAGAACACGCCUUCGUCACGUCCGAGUAUCCCAUCAUCCUGUCAAUCGAGGACCACUGCAGUGUGGUCCAACAGCGGAACAUGGCCACUCACUUUAAGAAGGUGUUUGGAGAUCUGCUGCUCACCAAGCCGGUGGACAACGGCGCAGACGAGCUUCCUUCGCCCCACCAGCUCCGCAGGAAGAUCCUCAUCAAGCACAAGAAGCUGGUGGAAGGAACCGUGUGUGAGGAGGUGACGUCCCCCAGCUACUCCGAGAACGACAUCAGCAACUCGCUGAAGAACGGCAUCCUUUACCUGGAGGACCCCAUCGACCACACGUGGACGCCGCAUUAUUUCGUCUUGACCAGCAAAAAGAUUUAUUACUCCGAGGAGACGUCUCGCUACCAGACAAGCGACGAAGAGGAGGACGAUGAAGGGAAAGCGGAGUGCAACAACAACGAGCAGCACUGCGCCGAGCACUGGUUCCACGGGAAGCUGGGCGGCGGGCGGGACGGGCGGCAGGUGGCGGAGAAGCUCCUGCAGGAGUACUGCGAGGGCGGCGGGAAGGACGGCACCUUCCUGGUGCGGGAGAGUGAGACGUUUGUCGGAGACUACACCCUCUCCUUCUGGCGUUCAGGUCGGGUUCAGCACUGCAGGAUCCACUCCCGUCAGGAGUCUGGCUCCACCCGUUUCUACCUGACGGACAACCUGAUGUUCGACAGCCUCUACCGCCUGAUCUGCCACUACAGAGAGACGCCGCUGCGCUGCAACGAGUUCAAGAUGAAGCUGGGAAACCCGGUGCCGCAGCCCAACGCUCACGAGAGCAGAGAGUGGUACCACUCCAAUCUGACCCGUGUUCAGGCYGAACACAUGCUGAUGCGCGUUCCCAGAGACGGAGCUUUCUUGGUGCGGAAACGCAGCGAACACAACUCCUACGCCAUCUCCUUCAGGGCGGAGGGUAAGAUCAAACACUGCCGCAUCCAGCAGGAGGAUCGCCUCUUCAUGCUGGGAAGCUCGGCGGAGUUUGAGAGUCUGGUGGAUCUGGUGAGCUACUACGAGAAGCAUCCUCUGUACCGCAAGAUGAAGCUCCGAUACCCAAUCAACGAAGACACUCUGGACCGGAUGGGCACCACGGAGCUGGACUACGGAGCGCUGUACGAGGUCCGAACUCCUCAUUUCUACGUGGAGGCCAACAAGAUGCCCACAGCGCGGUGUACGGUCAAAGCUCUGUAUGACUACAGAGCUCAGCGAGAGGACGAGCUCUGUUUCCCCAAACAGGCGCUCACCGUCAACGUGGACAAACAGGAAGGCGGCUGGUGGCGAGGCGACUACGGAGGAAAGAAGCAGCUGUGGUUUCCCGCCAACUAUGUAGAGGAGGCGCCCAGCUCCCCCUCCAGAGAGCUGGACGAGGCGUCGACAGAAAACAGUCCUCUGGGCACUUUCCUCAAGGGCUUCAUCGACGUACCCUCCUGCCACGUUGUGGUGUAUAAAGACGGGAAGAACUCGCGGCCUUUCGUCUUCGCCGUCCACUCCCAGGCCCUCUCGUCCCACCCGGUCCAGACUCUGGACGUGGCGGCCGACAGCUUGGAGGACCUGACGGGCUGGGUCGGCAGAAUCAGGGAGGCCGCGCAGAACGCCGACGCUCGGAUGCAGGAGGAGAAACAGAUGGAGAGGAGGAAGAAGAUCGCCGUGGAGUUAUCUGACCUGGUGGUCUACUGCCGGCCCGUCCCCUUCAACGAGGACAAGAUCGGGACGGAGCGAGCCUGUUUUCGGGACAUGUCCUCCUUCCCCGAGACGAAGGCAGAGAAGUUUGCGACACGCGCUCGGGGGAAGCGCUUCCUGCAGUACAACCGCCGGCAGCUGUCCAGAGUGUACCCCCGAGGACAGAGGCUGGACUCGUCCAACUACGACCCGCUGCCCAUGUGGCUCUGCGGCUCGCAGCUGGUGGCGCUCAACUUCCAAACUCCAGAUAAGCCCAUGCAGCUGAACCAGGCCUUGUUUCUGCUGGGAGGCGGCAGCGGCUACGUCCCCCAGCCAGACGYCAUGAGGGACGACGCCUUCGACCCUUUCGACAAGGACACGCUGCGCCUCGAGCCAAUCACCAUCCAGCUGCAGGUGCUCGGAGCUCGCCACCUGCCCAAAAACGGCCGCAGCAUCGUCUGUCCCUUCGUGGAGGUGGAAAUCUGCGGAGCCGAUUACGACGGCUGCAGGUGCAAGACGGACGUCGUAGCUGAUAACGGUCUGAAUCCUGUGUGGGUGCAGAAGCAGUUUGUGUUCGACGUCCACAACCCCACCUUCUCCUUCCUGCGCUUCGUCAUCUACGAGGAGGACAUGUUCAGUGACCCCAACUUCCUGGCACAAGCCACGUACCCGGUCCGUCUGCUGCGAACAGGCUACAGGAGUGUUCCUCUGAAGAACAGCUACAACGAGGAGCUGGAGUUAGCUUCACUUUUGGUUCACAUUGAGAUCGUCAACGCAAAGGAGGAAGACGAUGAAAACUUUUACACGUCCAUCCAGCGGCUUCGGGAUCGAACCAGCGAGCUGUCCACCAAGGUGUCUCUCCUGGAGAGGUCUGGAUCCGUGGACCUGAGCUACCAGCAGAGUCUGGAGGAGCUCCGAGCUGCUCAGGACCAGCUGAGCGAGCUGGUGGAGGCCCGCAACCGCAGGUUGGUGGAGAAGAAGAGGAGGGAGAAACUGAGGCAGCAGGUCGCAGCAAAGCGCUGCUAAUCGUCGCUAAGCUAACCAUGCCAGACAUGCCGUGGAGGGACCGUGAUCUCAAAUAAAACAAGAACAAUAACUUCACUUAAAAAGUGACAAACAGAAGCAUCUCAUGGACUAAAAAAAAAAACUAAAA